CUUUUUCUUUUUUCCUUUGAGAAUUGUGGAUUCCAGCCUGUGGAGGUGGUGGUUGUUCCCCCACCAUCCCCCGCUCCUCCGUCAUCGGUGAUUCUUCCCCCGAGGUUAGUAAAAAUACACACGACAACCCCCUCGCCUCGCCCGUUUUCUUCGAAGGCUUCUGUUUCUUCUGACGCUUCAUAAUUAUCUACUGUCGUUGGAAAACCCUCUCGAAAUCCUAAACCUCCCAAUAAACACAUACACACACACAAACACACACACACAGACCAUCACCAUGAAGCUCCUCUACCCCACGUCCCUCAAGCUCGACGUCGACAGCCUCCAGGGCUUCUCGGUCGAGCUCGUCCCCUACGACGUCAAGACGACCAUCCCCGAGGAGCACACCGACGCCGAGGGCCUCAUCACCUGGACCAACACGGCCGACAACCUCAAGGACGCCGCCGCCCGCCUCAAGAACCUCAAGUGGAUCCAGUCGCUCGCCGCCGGGCCCAACGACGUCCUCAACGCCGGCUUCGACACCUCCAAGAUCACCGUCACCACCGGCUCCGGCCUCCACGACCACACCGUCGCCGAGCACGCCCUCGGCCUGCUCCUCAACGCCGCACGCCGCUUCUACGAGAUGCGCGACUACCAGCUUCAGGGCAAGUGGCCCGGCCACCUCGGCGGGCCCCAGCCCGACCGUCCCGCCGGCGCCUUCACCACCCUCCGCGACGCCCGCGUGCUCGUCUGGGGCUUCGGCAACAUCGCAAAGGCCCUGACCCCGCACCUCCGCGGCCUCGGCGCCCACGUCAAGGGCAUCGCCCGCCACCAGGGCGUCCGCGACGGCGUCGAGGUCUACGGCGAGGACAAGCUGCCCGAGCUGCUGCCCGAGACCGACGCCCUCGUCAUGAUCCUCCCCGGCUCCGACGCCACCAAGAACGCGCUCAACGCCGAGCGCCUGAGGCUGCUGCCCAAGCACGCCUGGAUCGUCAACGUCGGCCGCGGCACCUCGGUAGACGAGGACGCCCUGGUCGACGCCCUCGAGCAGGGCGAGGUCGGUGGCGCCGCCCUCGACGUCUUCGUCACCGAGCCCCUGCCCGAGUCGAGCCGGCUGUGGAAGGCGCCCAACGUCGUCGUCUCGCCGCACGCCGCCGGCGGCCGGCCCCAGGGAGCCGAGGAGCUGAUCGCCUACAACCUGAGGCGGUACCGCGCCGGUCAGUCGCUGAAGAACGUCAUCUGAAGCAGUACGACAGGAUUGUUGAUAGUUACAUUAAUCAUGGGGACGGCUGGGGUUUUGAGGGAGGAAAAAAGCGUUGCUGCUGGUACUAGAUAUGAUAAACGACUAAUUCACUCGAGUAACUGAC